AUGUCCCAUAGCAAGAGGAACACGACGCGGCCCGUGUUCACGGCCCACGAGCGCGCGCUCGCCCGCGCCGCCUGGACGUCCUCGUCCGCCCGCCUCACUCGGGACUCGUUCCUACCCUUUGGCUCGUGCAACCUCUGCCUCGAGCCCGCGCGGGACCCCGUCUCGUGCCACCGCGGCGACGUGUUUUGCCGCGAGUGCGCGCUGGCCAAUCUGCUGGCGCAAAAAAGGAGAUCAAGCGGCCCAAAAGCCCACCCUCCCUUCCUUCUGGACCCCUCCCUCACCCCCACAAUCGACCCAGAAACCGCCCUCUCCUCCCGCAAGAAGCCCAAAGACUCCCCCAUCUGCCCCUGCUCGCCCUCCGACGCGCCCCACAUCCUCUCCCAAAAACACCUCGUCACCGUCCUCUUCACCGAGGAGAAGGACCCUUCCUCUUCCCUCGCCCGCGCCGUGAAGCGCAUCUGCCCCUGCUGCCGCAAAACCUUGUCCAACCCGUCCAAGCCCGUGCUCGCCAAGCCCUGCGGCCACGUCCUGUGCCGCGCCUGCGCCGUCCGCCUCGUCGAGAGCGCCCGCGCCGACGCUGACACCCAGGGAGGAGAGGGCGAGGAGGGCGUGCUCACGUGUUAUGUGUGCGAUGUGGACUUGUCCGAGAGGAAGAAGGAUAUGAAGAAGAAGAACAAGUCGGGCGCGGAGGACGGAACCGAGGAUGUAGUAGACGUGGACCCGGCGCCGGCGCCGGCGGGGAAGAAGGCUAAAUUACAGUUGCCGGCUACUCUUAUCGAGUUGAGGUCCGAUGCACUCAUCAUACAUUGGGCAAUAUAUCUCGUAUUUUAUCUCUGA